AUGUUCGAGACCUCCAGGCUGGGCCUCAACGCUGCUCUGCUGGACUUCGGCUGUGCUUUGGUCUUCGUUCCGGCAGGGGGGUACAGGCACGAGGCGGGCGCCGACGGGGAGCUGCCGCCGGGCGCCAAGGGGGCCGACUUCAAGACGCUGCAGGAGAUGAUCGCCCGCGGCAUCCGGGAGGCCGAGACUGGCGCGUCGCGCCUGGAGGCCGAGGUGAGCCUGGUGGCGGACGCGGCCGCGGAGCAGCGGCACCGGGAGGAGCUGCGGCGCCAGCACGAGGCGGACCUGGAGGCCAAGAGCAGGGAGCGCGAGGCCGCGCGGGCGCGCCGGCGGGCGCAGGAGGAGGAGCGCUCGCGCAGGCAGAAGGAGGAGUUGGACCGGUGGGAGCGCGAGCAGGUCCGUGAGCGGGAGGAGGCGGCCGCGCGGGAGGCGCAGUGCCGCCGCGAGCACGCGGCCUGCUCGCGCAUCCAGGCGCGAGUGCGCGGGCGGAGGUCGCGGGCCGGGAAGUCCGUGUCGAGCGUCGCGGUCAGGCCUGUGCCGCACACCACGCCGCACGUGCCCGUGGCGGUGGAAGUUGCAUAG